AAGGGCCCGGGGGGGGGGGAGAAGCCGUCAAAGUGCCAGAAGGGCGGCCCGGACAUGACCAUACUACGUACAACGGUCCACGGAGGGGAUAUGGAGAACUGCUUGCGAUGCUCUCGGAUAGGCAUAUCGGACGGCAUAUCUCCCCCAGCAGGUAUCCCCCGCCCAAAGGAACGGCUCAUCAAAACUCGGCAAUUGCAUUUGAUACCGCGCCCAGUGAUCGCACGUGCCCAAGGAGAGCUUCUGUGAAUGGAAGGUGAGAGAGACUGGGAGUCGCAGCUCACGAGAUGGGCAAAUGAGGUCGAACUGUGUUUGUUGGUUGGUGUUUGAGCGUGGGUUCCUCGUCCUGUCAUGCAGCGAACUGAGUCCGGGUUUCACCGUAAUUGCGAUGUGGAGGGUGAUUAUUGAAGGAGUGAAGGCGCACGGGGGAGAGAUGACAUCUCAGUUAUGAACAAUAUGCGAUUCAGCUAUG